AUGACUGGACUCUCGGCUGUGGUAACAUCAGUGAUCUCGUGCUGACCUUCCCCUGACCUUCUCCACAGGUUUGGCCUAGAGAUUUCCGACCCUGAGUUUGAGCAGCUGUUGGACAGGCUCCCUCUAGACCGCCACAGAAAUGUGCAGUACCCGAUCUUCAUGGCAGCCUUUGACACAAGGAAAGGAGUUCCCAGCCUCUUCCAGGCAGCCGCCCAGCCUGCCUUGAACCGUGAUUCAGGCGAGGAGAAGGGCUCAGAAGAUGAUCGGAGUGACCGUGAGCUGAUUCGUCUGGUGAAGAAUUUGGUGGCAAAUCGUUAUAGAGAUGUGCUAAGAGAGUUUGAAGAACUGGAUGAGAAAAACACCAGACGUCUCACUCAGGAGGACAUGUACCAGUUGCUUAAAAGGUUAGAGCUCCAUCCUGAGGUAACUCGUGGAGAGGUCCGGAGGUUGUGGUCUUCAUUGUUCACUCAGCAGGAUGGAUCUGUGGACUUUCAACAGUUUAUACGUCACUUUGGCCCGUCUCCCAAAUCCUGCUGUUACCCCAAUGCCAAGCACAAUCCCCCCAAACGUGGAGACAAUGACUUGAUGCGCCUCUCCAAAAGAUUCAACUGCGUCUCAGAUAUAUUAGUGGAUGCUCUACGGGCCAAGGUGGAGUUGUCUGUUUCUGAGCUCUGGACUGAGUUCUCCGAAAUGGACUUUUCUGGAACAGGUUUUGUUAGCAGUGAUGAAUUUAAAGACAUCCUUAUGAGUCUCUGUGUUCAUCUCAGUCAGUAUGAGUGUGAUCUGUUGGCCAAGAAGUUUGACAUCAACCUUGAUGGCAGCGUAUCCUACACAGAAUUCCUCAAGCCUUUUCUAUCCCAGAGUCAAAUAUGGAAGCAUGGAUCCAACAUGGCAGCUGCUCUGCAGACUCCCAGAGAAUCUAAAGAAGUUGCCUCUCUGGAAACAUUAAGUCGCAAGAUCAGGAAAAAGCUCCAGCGUAAGGCCAGGGCUCUUAGCAAGGCCUGUGCCCGGAUGGAUGGCUCCGGCACUGGGCUUCUGUCUGCAGCUGAGCUGGGUGCUGUGCUACAGCUGUUUGGUGUGUGUCAGAGCCAGGAAGAGCUGAAGAGUGUGUUCUCUACCCUUCACACACACCCGUCUGGACUCCUGGACUACCGCCCGCUCCUAAUGGACAAACACGGGACAUCCAGUCACAACCAGCAGACCAAGCACCAGCUUAGCCACAGGAGUCAAUAGGUCAGCUGUUUAAAACAAAUGAUAGCUAAAUUCACUUAGUACAUUUAUAAGUUGGAGCUGUUGCCAUACAAGAUGCAAGAUAAUAAUAAGAUAAUAUAUAACUAAAUAUAUUAACCCUGCUAGCUUCAUGCAGAAAUAA